AUGAUUUUUGAGGGGGAAAACCCAGGUAGUGCCAGCGCAAAAGAAGUUCUACAUUCCCGCGGAUUAUUGAUUGCUCAGCGUGCAUUGGUGCGAAGGGACGGCACGGCACUGACAUUGCGCCGACCGGGUGCACGAAAAGGCUCGCACGUGCACGAUAAUACGCGGGACGCGACUGCGCCGCAAUCGAUUGACGUACACGUCAACGGGAACGUGCUCGCUGCCAGAUGUUUUGGCUUGCCCGUGCGAUCGAACGAGUCCAAGCCCGGCACGCAUUUACGCAACAUUCACUGGGUUUGUAAGAAUAAGAGAGGGAGGAUGUUCACUGAUAUCAAAGAGGAAGAUGAAGAAAAUACAGGCAUAACACUGAAAGAGAUGGAGCCGACCGUACCAUUCGAUCAUACAACAUUUCCUGGAACUUUUAUAACUGUGAUUGGGCCUCACGGUAAUGAUGCAAGAGCUCUACUCUACGAAGAUCCUCACACUGGCCUUUCGUUUAGAUUUAUAUUGCAUCGAAAAAACGCGCGCAAAGCUGACAUAUAUGUUUGCGCGAAAUGUAAGUCGAGAAGAAAAUAUGUGCGCAUCAUGGUUCAUGAAUCUACCUUCCUGGAGGACCCGGCAGCAUUGGAUCAUGUCUGCCAUUUACCGAUGGAAGAAGAACGCAAGCCAGAAAAGAGGAAGCUGGAUGAUUUGGAAAAGCUUUUGCCAAAGCGGCCUAAUCUCCAAAUCCCUGCAGAUGAACCUUCAUGCAGCGCCGAGGCAAAUGAUGUGGGCCUGGAACUGGGUCUAAAUGUUCUGAAGCCUGUGGAGGAUGAGCCUCAGCAGUCUGAACAGGAACCAUCUUCUGAAACAAAAUCUACAUCUUUAUUCCGUGAAGAAGUCUUCUUGGAAAGCAUCCGAAUGGCGGUUGAGGGAUUACCGAAGAUUAACCGCGACAAGGCUUAUGUGGAUAUCUUGCGAUAUAUUUACACAACUGUUUUUGACAAAUAUGGGAAUUCGUCCACUAACGCAUAGACUUACUUUCAGUGGAGUUUGAUUUUUUAAAAUCUGACCAUUCCAGUACUACAAACUCAGAUUAGCUAAAACCUUCGAUGAAGCCUGCCAUUUUUGUAAUAAUUCUUCGUACCUUUCACCUGCUUAAAUUCAGCGAGUUUUAUGGAAAUCGAUUGAUGAUAUUGUAUGUUAUAACCAUGCUAGGCAUAAAUC